AUGGAGAGCGAUGGCGAGGUCGAAGUGCCGCUCAAGAUCGACGGGGACGUAGCGGCCGGGGCGCGCGCCGUUAGCGGGCAGCCGGUUCGCCGGGUGCUGUACGCACCCGAAGGGCGGUUCCUUGGGCCGGGACGGCGGAUCGCCUACGCGGGGAACACGGUCGGCCUCCUGAGCGUCGCCGCCGUGGUGCCGCCGCCGGAUGAUCUACCGGCCGCUGAUAGCCAAGGACAAGGAGGAGGUAAGCAGAUCUUGGUGCUCUACCGCUACACCCAUUUCUCGGCGGUCCCCGACGGCGUGGAGGUCUGCGGGAGCACGAAGCUGCACUAUCUCCGGUUUGCCGUCCCGGCCGCCGCGUCGCCGGCGUGCUCGCUGCCGUGGGCCUGGUCGUCCCUGGCGCCGCUGAUAUACCCCUCCUGCCAGAGCAGCGACCUCCAGGCCCUUUGGCCCAGGUUGUUCUCCAGCGACGGUAGAAAUGGCAUCCCGCUGAAGGCCACGCGUGUCAAGCUGAUCGCUGACGUCGGCAUCCUCCAGCGUGAGGACUACACGCAGGAACGCAUGCGUGGCGUGUCCACCGCGCUGCAGGACAUGGCAGAGGAGCCAUGGCCCGGGUACCAUGUCGGCAUGGAGUUGCGCCUGCCGGAGCCCGUGCACGUGCACUGCGCUUGCGCGGAGCAAGCUGAGGCCGCCGACGGCGAGGACACGGACUGCGAGCGGCCGGCAAAGCGAGGGAAGUUCGUCGCAGAAAGGUGCCCCAUCUGCUUCGAGCUGCUCAAGAGCGACAUCGCCGUGUGGCCCGGGUGCCUCCGGCCCCACGUCUUCCAUGGCGAGUGCCUCUUGCUCGCCCUCAAGGCGAGCGAGAUGUGCCCUCUCUGCAGGCGCAGACUGUCGGCUCCGGAUGAACAGGUCUAG